UUUCCCUUACCUUCCUUUUUCUUUUUCUUUACGAUUCACGCACUUACGCAUUUAAAUCCCAAAUCAACCAAAAUCAACUUUUCCUUCCAAAAUCUCAAAUCAAUUCAAAUCCUCAAUUCUUUCAAAUAACCAAAUCUACUUCUUCUAAAAAUUUGGAAUGUUGCACUUAAUGUAACAGAUUAGUUGUUGAACAAUUAAAGCCUGUGAGUGGCUUGUGUAAAGUGAAGAAAUGGGUCGAAGAUCACGGAUUGAAAUGUGCUGCGGUUACGAAUUCCUCUCGAAUUAAUGCCGAGCUCAUGAUCUCGAUGCUCGGUCUUAUGGAUUUUUUCGAGACUAUUAUUAUAGGUGAUGAAUGUGAGCAUCCCAAACCACAUCCAGAACCAUACUUAAAGGCUUUGGAAGCACUCAAAGUGUCAAAGGAUCACACUUUCAUUUUUGAGGAUUCUAUAACAGGUAUCAAAGCUGGAGUUGCAGCUGAUAUGCCUGUUGUUGGUAUAUCAAUGAGAAAACCUGAGCAGUUGUUGAUGCAAGCAAAACCUGCCCUCCUCGUAAAGGACUACAACGAUUCGAAAUUGUGGACAGCUUUGGACGAACUAGUUAUGAGAGGAGAUACCAUUACAAAUGCAUGACCAUCAAUAUCAGUGUAAAGUAUCGAGGAAAUGGUCUAUCAAUUUAUCCCUACUCUCUAUCUAAUAUGCUUUUGGGUUAACUUAUUUGUAGAAAUAAACUUGUUAUUGAUCUUCAGCUUUAAUCUGGGUCUUAAUACCAAUCCUAUUACAAUCAAAAUACUGAAUAUAGGAUGGUUAAUUGAUUAGGAAAUGUCAUUAAAAUUAAUGGCCCUGUAAUAUUUGCUUUCCUCGUAUUUUUUUUAUUUUUAACUUCACUUUAUGGUGUGAUAUAUUGUCUGCCUUAUUAUUUAUCAAAAUUUGCCUUUUC